GAGGAGGAGGAGGAAGAGGAGGAAAAAGAAUGGAAGGGGAAAAAGAAGAAGAAGAAGAAAUACCCUUUGAAAAGAUGUUGGAGGAGGCAAUAAAAGCCUCGGAAAAAAGGAUAAUUGCAAAAGUCGAAAGGGAAAUAAUGGACAAAGUCGAGAGGAAGAUAAUGGAAAAAGUCGAGAGAGUUUUGAAGAGGGCAGGAAUCACCGUUGAAACAGUGGAUUUGUCCGAGGAAAAAAACAACAAAGAGGAUGAUGUUAAUGCUUCAAUGGAAUGGUCAGAACAAAAUGCAGCUUUUUCAUAUCAUGGGCGAGGGAAUGAUGAAGAUAUUCCUUCUAUUCCUAGAGCGGAAUCUGAGCGGGAAUCUGAUGAUGAUGAUGCAGGGAAUGAUGAAGAUAUUCCUUCUCCUAAGACCGCUUCUGAGCGGAAAUCUGAUGAUGAUAAAGAGACUGAUGAAGAGAUUCUUGCUUGUCCUACUUCUGCUGAAAAGGUUCAAACUCAGGAGGAAGGUGAAAAAGAAGACAUUCCUGUUGAAAAGGUGGAUGAAAUUCUUACUUCUCCUAGGGCCGCUUCUGAGCGGGAAUCUGAUAAAGUUGGAGAGAAUGCUGAAGAGAUCUUUACUACUCCUAGAGCGACUUCUGCUGAAAAGGUUCCUAUUGAGGAAGAAGGAGAAAAUGAAGACAUUGAAAAGGAGGAUAAGGAGGUUUCUGCUGCUCCCGAGGAUCCGAUUCAUCAGAAUAAACGACCGACACGCAAGAGAAAGACGACUGUUAAAAGCCCAUACACUGCAUUUGCUUCGACAGAUCCACCUCCCAAAAAGCAACGGGCAAAGAGAGAGUCCAAAGGUAAAAAGGGAAGAAAGGAAAGAAAGGGAAAAAAGGAAUCUACGACGCAAAUGGAAUCUCAGAUUCCUACUGCUGAAGGUAAACGUGAUGUUUACGUAUGGAUUCCUCGAGAACCUAUAGUACUUGACAAUGUUGUACGAGUGGAAACUUUUGUUGAAACGAGCACAAAAAAAGCGAAUGCUCUCUUCAAAUUUACGCAAAAACCAAGAGAAGAUAGGUUAUGGAUGUCGGGGUUGAAAGAGAUAAGAAAGCCACUGUUUUGGGAAGAACUUCUGCAAGAAGGUGUAUGGCUCACGGACGAUCAUAUCAACGAAGCAAUGUAUGAAAUCCGUCAACGUGUGCAAAAUCUGGAACCUGUCCACAAGAAGUUCUUUCUUUGUGACGUGCAGUGUUGUGAAUACUUCAAGUAUUGGGAAAUAGGGCAGAAAGAACUCGACGUUGCUUUUACAGUAAAUUUGCCCACAAAAAUGCGCUGGAGAAGAGAAGCUCGAACAGAGAGAAGGAGAGAGAGAAUGAGAGAAAUUGAAGAGAGAGAACGCGAUGUCGAAGCCAGGCGGGAAACAACGGCAAUGAAGAGAGAGAAAACGGAAAAGGUAUCACUUGAAGUGAGAUGUAUCAUUUAAGGGCAUUUCUGCAAUUGCCC